AGUCUGUUGGAGCAGCAGAGGAACAAUUUUCAGCUCAGCUACUACAGAGGAAACAAUGACUUCAUCACAAAAGGUGAGAAAAGUAUCACAGUUACAUGGUUAUUGAAACUGUGUGUUUAGCUGGUUGGUUUUUUAAAAACAUGUUAACAGCAGCUUUAUCUUUUCCAUUCUGCAUAUAUACAGAAUCUACAGUCACAGCCAAAAACCACUAAAGUUAGAAGAAAAUACAAAGAUCAUAUUUUAUAAGCACAUGGAAACAACAUUAUCAUCAGUUGAACUUGCAAUUUUUUUUUUAUUUUUAUUUUUUAAUAAUGUAAUUUCAUUACAUCUCUCAUUGUGUCACAUCAUUGUAAUGUGAUACUGUCACCAGAAGGUGGUGGUAACACACCAACAAUGUGUUUGUUGACAUGUCUGAUUCCACUGAUGGAGGGAGUUUCAGUUUGUUCCACGACUGCAUUUCACUCACUGCCUCUGUUUGUAUCUCUGUCACUGCAGGACCAACAUGGAGCGAGAAGUCAGCGCUCUCAGGAGGCCGACAAACCUCACAGAAGAAAGGGAGAGAAAACCUACAGCUGUGAUGAGUGUGGGAAGGAUUUUACCCAGUCUGGACACUUAAAACGUCACCAACUCAUCCACAGUGGAGUUAAACCUUACAGCUGUGACGAGUGUGGGAAGUGUUUUACCCUUGCUCACAACCUAAAAAGACACAAAGUCAUCCACAGUGGAGUUAAACCUUACAGCUGUCAUGAGUGUGGGAAGGAUUUUACCCAGGCUGGAUACUUAAAAAAUCACCAACUCAUCCACAGUGGAGUUAAGCCUUACAGCUGUGAUGAGUGUGGGAAGUCUUUUACCCUGGUUGGAAGCUUAAAAAGACACCAACUCAUCCACAGUGGAGUUAAAUCGUAUAGCUGUGACUUGUGUGGAAAGUCUUUCACCCGGGCUGGAAGCUUAAAAAUACACCAACUCAUCCACAAUGGAGUUAAACCGCAUAGCUGUGACUUGUGUGGAAAGUCUUUUACCGAGGCUGGAUCCUUAAACAAACACCAACUCAUCCACAGUGGAUUUAAA